AUGAAGAGAAACGUGGACCCUCACAUGCAUGAAGUCUGCAUGGACACGGCAGUUUUUACAGUUUAUUGUGGUCAUGUAAUAUUUACUAAAAGUGGGGUCAAACUCGACUUGGACCGCCAUGGAAGACAAGUUGUUCGAAAAUCUCUAGCAGUGUACGAUCAGGACACUCCAGACAGGUGGCAGAAUAUAGCUCGAGCUAUCGGGACAAAGACUGUUGACGAGGUCAAAUGUCAUUACCAGAAACUCGUCGAGGAUAUUGAAGAUAUCGAGUCCGGUAAAGUGCCAUUGCCCGACUAUAGGUCGUCACGAAAAUGGCAACUGCAAAGGUGA